AAAAAGAAAUAUAAUAAAAAAAUAUCGUAUCACAUUCGAGUACAAAUGUAAACUGUUCACGUUCCGCUUUGAAAAUCUACUGCGCAUACGCGAGAAUUCUUUUAGUAUCUGGCAGGAUAGUUGAUUCAGUUCAAGGAAAUGGCGUCUCGUAGGUGGAGAUCAUUGCGUCGAAUUUCACGAAUCAUGAAUGAAUUUUAACGUUCAUCACAUAUCUUUUUUUAAUUACGUGUGUUAUUAAUCGUAUAUUGAUUAGAACAACUAUUGAACGAUGAAUGAAAUAAGCGGUAGUAAACAAGAGUUACCAAAUACUUCGGCUUGGGAAACUCUGUCAGCACCAUCUCUAUCUUCGGCAUCUAAUAUGCACCAUCAUCAUCAAACGUUGCAGCAGGAUACAAGUACAACAGUUAUGCAAGUUAUAGUUCCUACUCCUGUUAAACUUCAAGGUCCUAUAUUAUCUCCUGCUCAAACGGUAACCGAUCAUUGUUCACAACUUGGACAUCUGCAACAAACACCUUUAAUGACUCAGGGCUUAGCACCAACAAAUUUUUCUGAUCUUGAACUUUCGCCCGAACUUCAACAACAAGGUUGGAAAAAAUUCUGGAGUAAACGAGAGAACAGGCCUUAUUUCUGGAACAAGUUAACGGGUGAAUCUUUGUGGGUUGUCCCCUCUUUGAAAUCUCAGUUUGAUCCAAUCACGGAUCCCCUUGGUAUAUGCGGUGUACCUCCAGUUCCUGGAAACGGAUCAAUACCUCUCUGUACACCGAGUGGUGGAGUAAAACGCAGAGCUUCAGAAGACGGUACUGCACCAGCUCCAAAAAAGUUUGUGUUAGCAGGUCCGUGGGAUCUUGAAAUUCCAACAAAUGUAAUAAUUCACGAACGAGCACCAUCAAAUUUGCCACAUGUCCAUCCUGAAGUGGAAGCUUUACGAUGUGGUUUACUUGCAAAGUUACGUUUGUGCUAUCAAGAGCUUUGCCAUACACGAGAAUCCAUAGAUGCCCCUAAAGAUUCUUUUAACAGAUGGUUAAUGGAACGUAAGGUUAUAGACUGUGGAUCAGAUCCAUUGCUGCCAAGUCAGUGCUUUCCAGAGAUCUCUAUGUCAAUGUAUCGUGAAAUUAUGAAUGAUAUCCCUAUUAAAUUAGUAAGACCAAAAUUUACUGGUGAUGCUAGAAAACAAUUAUCGCGUUACGCGGAAGCAGCUAAGAAAAUGAUAGAAUCAAGAGCAGCAUCUCCUGAAAGCAGAAAAGUUGUAAAAUGGAAUGCCGAAGAUACGUUUCAAUGGCUCCGACGGACAGUCGGUGCAACAUUUGAUGACUUUCAGGAUCGACUUGCCCAUUUAAAACGUCAAUGUCAACCUCACCUUACUGAAACUGUAAAAGCAAGUGUCGAGGGUAUUUGCUUAAAAAUUUAUCACUUGUCUACAGAAUAUGCAAAAAAAAUUAAGGAUAAAAAUAAUCAAAUAUUAAAAGACAAUGGUUUAGGGGAUGUGAUACCAUUGGGGGGACCUGCUAGUACGCAAAGAAAAGUUUGGUGUUAUCCAGUGCAAUUUUCUCUUCCUACUCCUCGGCUUCCACAAGUGGAUUAUCUUCCUGAACGUGAUCAAACAAUGUUACGUUUUCAUGGUGACACUAUGUGUAUUAACAAUACACACUUAACAAAAUUAGAACAUUUAUAUAGGUACAAUUGUUUUGAUGAUAAAAAAUUUGAAAUGUUUUUACCUCGUGUAUGGUGUAUGUUAAAACGAUAUCAAACAUAUCUUGGCAAUGAGGGACAAGCAACUCAGAUGGCUUUGCCAGUUACAGUUUUUGAGUGCCUCCAAAGAUCAUUUGGCGUGACAUUCGAGUGUUUUGCAUCUCCUUUAAAUUGUUACUUUAGACAAUAUUGUUCAACGUUUGCUGACACAGACUCCUAUUUCGGAUCAAGAGGUCCUUUUCUGGAUUUUAGACCUGUAAGCGGCUCUUUUCAAGCUAAUCCACCCUACUGCGAAGAACUCAUGGAAGCAAUGGUCAAUCACUUUGAACGUCUCUUAGCAGAUUCAACUGAACCUUUGUCUUUUGUUGUAUUUUUACCAGAAUGGCGAGAUCCAGCACCUAAUGCUCUCUUAAAGCUAGAGAGUAGUCAUUUUAAGCGUAAACAAGUAGUAGUACUUGCAAUGGAACAUGAAUACAGACAUGGACUGCAACAUAUAUUACCAAAAGGUGAAGUAAAUAUCAGGGCUGCUCAUGGAACUUUGGUUGUAUGGCUUCAAAAUGCAGCAGGUGCUGCAAGAUGGGGUCCUACUGAGGAACGUGUAGAGGCAUUAUUGGAAGCUUGGCGUCCAGGAAGAGAAAGAGAAAGAGAUAAACAAGAACUUCUCUCUCCACCUAGACAAACUCACCAACAGAUUCCUGCAACACCAGUUCCAGUGUUAGCAACGCAAACUCCUCCAACAAUGCCACUUUCACAAACAUUAUCUACGCAUCCUACAUAAUCAUAUACAAAAAAUUUCUAAUAUAAAUUUAAUCUCAGUUCAUAAUAUGUAAAAAGAUCACAAUCGCUAGCAGAAUCAUAUAUCCUUUUUAAAGCAUCGGACUUCAUACGUCUAAUGACACAUUCUAACUUUACUUCGUGUACAUAUUUCUCCUAAAAUACUUAGUUUACAUAUACAAUUAUAUUUUAUAUCGAAAUUAAUAAUAAUUGUGCAAGUCAACAGAUUGGAUCCAAUGUAUAAAUAUGUAUUUCUAUGCAAUACUUGUUUCUAUAUCUACAUUGCAUUCUGUAUUCAGUACAUCCUAGUUAUGUUAAACACAUUUUGCUUUUCUUCUUGUUAUAAUAAUAUUUAAGUACAAUUGCAUUAGAUAAUUAAGUAAUGAAUAGUAAAACUAAUAUAAAAAGUAUGAUGAAAAAAAAUAUAUAUAUACAUAUAUCUAUUAUAUAGGUAUAAAAAAAUGCACUCUCUCUAAUUUGAUAAUAACCUCGUGUCACAAUGUCUAAUUUUUAUAAUAACAUUAAUUAAUUAUGAUCAAUACGUAUAUUAGACUUUGUGAGACGCGAUGUGUAAGAUAUUAGGUAUACUUGCCAUGCAAGAUAAAAUUGGUACUAUUGUAAAAGAUUAAGAGAUAAAGUCUAUAUAAUUAUUUAUACACGCACACAGAAUGUUGCAAUUAGUGAUCAAUAUGAGCACAUAGCCAAGUUUAUUAAAAUUUAUGUUACUAAAACGCGCUUUAUGCAAUUAUUUUUAAGAUAUAUAUAUAUAUAUCUUAUAUAUAUAAUAUAUAUAUAUUAUAUUUGUAAUAUAUAUAAUAUAUAUUAUAUUAUAUAUAUAUGUGUGUGUAUACAUAUACGUAUAUACAUAUAUUCUUUUCAUUUCUACUAUAAAGUUAGAAUCGAAAAGAUUAAAAAAUCCAUUGAAAAUGUUCUAUUCAAAUAUUAGAUACAACUUUAAUGGAAUAUAUACACUUCAAUAUAUAUAUAUAUAAAACUUGAUUUGUUAUAUAUUCCAUGAAAUAAAUAAUUCUCAAAGAGAAUGAAAUGCAUAAAUAAUUAACAAACAUGAAUAAGUUGUGAUAUUUUAAUUAUGUUUAGGGCUGUGCAAUUUUAUCAUAUAUUACUGAUAUGAUAUAAGAAAAGUAUUGCAAUUAUAUAAUAUUAUACUAAAGAGAAAAGAAUAAACGCAAUGGCCAAUAUAUCAUACAAUAUUAAGAUAAAAAUAUUUCUCUUAUAUCAUAUGACAAAGUAGGAUAAAAAAUCUCACGUUGCCCUAAUCAUUCUUUCAUCAUUUUUAUUUUCAAUGAAUUAUGGAUGCGACAACCAUUUUCAUAUUAUUGUACAAUUGAUUUUUCUAUUACGGUAAAUAUAUAAUGUUUAUCGUUUUUAUAUUAACACAGUGUAUAUAUACAUCUUGGCGAUAAUUUGAAAUUUUUGUGGGAUAGCAAUUAUACGAAUUUAUUUAGUAAAUGUAAAUAGAACAGAAAGCACAGCAGGCGAUUUUUUGCCAAAAGAAGUAAAAAAAAAACAUGCUUCGAGUAUAUUUUUCUAUAUGUAAUAUGUGCUCAUAAAUUUGUUUUUCUAGGAAUGCUUAAAUCUGAAAAUUUUUUAGUUAAUAUUAAUGAAUGAUUAAAUUUUAAAAGCUCUUCCAAUUGAAAUUGAUUCGCGAGCAAUAUUUCUUAAUAAAACGAAUUUUAUUUACUUUUAAAUAUUAAAAAUAUUUUCAAAAUUUUAAUGUUUCUACUACUUUCCCGGGAGUUUGUCAACGUGAUGUAAGAUUUAACAUUCUGUGCAAUGGAUAACUAUAUACAGCCAACUUUAAAUUAGAAAAAUGUCAUAUUAUUUCGAAUGAAAAAAUAAAAAGAUCUUUUACUAUUAAUAA